AAGAGCUCCUUGUCUUACCGAAGUGUUCUAGACCCGGUGUAGCCGCUGCACCAGGCACCAGCCGUCGAGCCCAACGCAACGCAACGCACCAGCCACUCCUACUCCGGCUCUUCCAAACUCCGAGUUCCGACCCCGACGGGGAAAAAAUCAGACUCCUCGUUUCCCUCCCUAUCCUCUCUCGUCACGCCGUUGUCGUCCCGUUGCUCGAUUCGAAGGCGCGACCCUUCGCCAUCGCUCUUGCCUCGCCUUGCCGGCGGCGCCAAUACCCGUGCUCGCGUCGGAGCGCCCAACUUCCCCACGGUGGCCGUUCCGCCGCGGCGCACGCAGGUGGGCGAUGCGGUCGGAUGAGUGGGCGGCGGCGGCGGCGGCGGCAGUGUUUCGUGGAAAGGAGGAGGAGGGGGGCCUUGUGCUUUCCCGCGGCGUUGCUGUCUCCGCCGCAUACGCCCCUCGGAGCCGGUGAUGGCCCCGACCGCGGAGUCGUCUUCCCCGCCGCCGCAACGGCGCCCCCGCACGGGCCCACCCCCGGGGCUGAAGAACCUCAGCAAUACCUGCUACCUCAACUGCGUCCUACAGUGCCUCGCGUCCACGCCGCCCCUCGCCACGUUCUGCCUUGCCUCUGGCCACUCCGACAUUUGCAAGAAGGUGUCCCCGAAUAGGGACAAGGAGUGCGCGUUCUGCGUGCUUGAGCGGCAGAUCGCCCGGCUGCUUCGGGCAGAUGCUGGGGCGCUCGAUUCCCCAGCAAAGGUAAUCCGCUGCAUGCCCCUAUUCGCUGAGCACUUCAGGUGGGGGCGCCAGGAGGAUGCGCACGAGUUCCUCCGCUAUGUGGUAGAUGCCUGUCACACUGCUGGCCUCCGCACGCGCAAGCUGCUACUCGCUAAAGGUGCCAAUGGUAACUGUGGUGAGGAUGGCAGGGGGCAGGGGGCAUGUCUGGUUAUGAGGGAGACAUUUGGUGGGGCAUUGCUGAGUCAAGUGAAAUGCCUUGUGUGCAACAGAGAGUCUAACAAGACUGAUGAAAUAAUGGACAUCAGUCUCGAUCUGCCUGGGAGCAGUUCUGUUGCUGAUGCCCUUGCCCGCUUCUUUAAGCCGGAGAUAUUGGAAGGUGCAAACAAAUAUAGUUGUGAAAGAUGUAAAACGCUCACCUCAGCGCAGAAGCAAAUGUUUAUGCUGAGGGCACCUAAGGUGCUUGUCAUACAACUCAAGAGGUUUGAGGGGAUAAAUGGUGGAAAGAUCAACAGGAAUAUAGAAUUCAAGGAGACACUUGGUAUUUCUGAUUGCAUGUACAAUAAAAGCCAGGAUCCGCAACCAGUAUAUAACCUUUUUGGUUGCAUCGUCCACUCAGGGCUCUCCCCAGAGUCUGGUCACUACUAUGCAUAUGUUAAGGAUCCUAGUGGUCAAUGGUUUUGUUGUAACGAUUCUCAUGUCUCCCUAUCAAGUUCUCAGAAUGUUUUGUCUGAGAAGGUCUACAUCCUAUUUUAUAUACUGAAUUCAAAAACUCAAAAGUCUAGUACAAAUGGUUACUCUUUUACUGCAGCUAAACCUUUCAGCACCAAUGUAAUUGACAUAUCAAGCACCUCACCUAGUGAGACCUCGAAGAUACCUUUGGUAAAACAGAAUGACCUACGUCUUGCCAAAGGUAAUGUACUGAUGCCCUUGAGGAAUGGCAAGACUGCAUCAGGUCCACUUAUCAAGCCAAUUCACUUCAAGAAUAGUGCAGCAGAAAAGGCUACACCAAAUGGCAAAAUAAACCUCACUUCAAAAAUUAAUCCCGAGGUUAAUGAAACUGUGAAAUUAUCAGAAUCAAAUGGAUGCAAGACUGAACACUUUGUAGGACCCAGUAAAAUUAAUGCUAAUAAUACUAUUUCUUGUGGAGAGGGAGGCGAACAAUCAGAAAGAAUACUGCAGGAUGCAAAUGGAAAUGGCCAGCCAAUCCAUCAGUCCCAGUAUCUUGGUGAGACCAGUAUAGGCAAUGCUACGCCUGCUCAACAAGUGACCAGUAAUGGCAAUGCCACGCCCGCUCAACAAGAGACCAGUAAUGGCAAGGCCUCACAUGCUGAACAAUGUUUUGAGGGGUCAUCUCACCAAAAAGAGCAUGCAAACUCUUCAGGAAACAAACGCCAACUUGAAGAAGAUAAGUUUCAGAAAAUGCUUGCUAAGUCAGCUUCUUCUGAGCUUCGGCUGUCUGUAUGGAUGGAUGAUGUCUAUAAUUUUAUGCGCUCGCAAAAGAGGCGUCGACUUCUAAGUUCAGACGUUACUCAAGAUUUUGAUGCAAUGAGAAAGCAGCUAGUGUCAGAUUCUGCAGCAAUAUUUAGGUCAAAAGUUCCGGAGUCACUGAUGGAAAAUCUCAUUAAACGCCUGAGAUCAUACUUCGAGGGCAAACAUUCACCACAUGAGUAGUUUUUCAUGCAGUUCUUCAGAAGCUACUUAAGGUGUCAAUUGGAUCUUGGUGGUCUACUCCCUAACGCUUCGCGCGGCUUAUUUUGAGGAAUUUUUUGUUUUCUUUGCUGAGGUUGAGACGAGGAGUUCUAAGCUGUAUCUUUUGUUGUUUCCCUGAUGUUAUAGGCAACGCACCACCAUCCCCACCGCUUCUCUGUCUAGAAUGUAGAAGAUACUUCCUUUUCUCCUUUUGUAAGAUACUAUAGCUGGCAGAUUAAAGCAAGAGUUUAUGGUGUUUUUGACCCUUUACAAAUGUAUUUUUUGCCCCGAUCAGUCUCAGUUUUGGUCAAUGUUCUGUUACGGGCAGAUUCGAUAGCAACAUUUUUCUAGAUUUUCUGGUGUAAUCUCCGGAAGCAAAUUGACUUGAGAAUACAAUCUUUUAUCGUUCUGAUGGUAAAUUGAUGUUUGAUCAUGAGAAAAA